UAGCUAUAAAAGCCAUGUUUAAAAUGAAAGAGAGUUGAGAGCGUGAAAGCACAGCACUGUUAUUCAGAAGUAGCUUUCGAGCAGAGUUUCAACGGGAAGGUGCUGUUUGGUUGGACACAAAUCAGCAAAUGUUUAGCUCAAGUGUGAAUAAUUCAAGCAUGCAUGAAGAGGCGUGCUUUCUGAAGAGACAAAACGUGAGAAUAAAAAAAUUCUUCAAACAUUUGCAUCAGCCUUAGAGGACAAUGCGAGCGGCAGGAUUUGAAACAGAUUUGCAGAUGCACUCUUUUUAGACAGGGAGAAUGCUCAUUAUAUGCAAGAUGCUUCUGUGGCUCAUGUGUUUGCACGGAGGUAGAGGUUUGCAAGACUGACGUAUCGGAUAAAGUCAGAGUGGUUACCACACCGACGGUGUAGCAGCUGCAUAAUAAAUGAUGGAGAGAAUCAUGUUAGGCAUGCCCACCUAACCUAACUUGAAUCAUGCGAAAGGGGAGCUGCUGGAAUUCAAAUAGACUUUCUGGUUCCCAGCAGUCGGCAGUAAUAGAAUGCUUUCAGGAAGAUGACAGAUGCAGGGGAAAGAUGCUGUUUUGCACUAUCUUGAUUUGUUACGGCAGCCAACUUAUUGGCAUGAUGGAGUGACAAGAAAAGCAGCUGGCAUGGAAGAUGAACGGGAAGAUGUUCAAAAGAAAACAUUCACAAAAUGGAUAAAUGCACAAUUUGCUAAGUUUGGAAGACGUUACAUUGAAGAUAUUUUUAACGAUUUUCGAGAUGGACGAAGACUUCUGGAGCUCCUGGAAUGUUUUACGGGCCAAAAACUUGCAAAAGAAAAGGGGUCCACAAGAGUUCAUGCUCUGAACAAUGUCAACAAAGCACUCCAGGUUUUGCAGAGAUAUAAUGUUGAUUUGGUAAAUAUUGGGAGCUCAGACAUUGUGGAUGGAAAUCAUAAGCUGACCCUUGGUUUGAUCUGGAAUAUAAUUCUCCACUGGCAGGUCAAAGAUGUAAUGAAAAACAUCAUGGCUGGACUGCAGCAGACAAACAGUGAAAAGAUUCUGCUGAGCUGGGUCCGCCAAUCGACUCGUAAUUACCCACAGGUCAAUGUUAUCAAUUUCACCAGUAGCUGGUCAGAUGGAUUGGCGUUCAAUGCACUACUCCACAGUCACAGACCAGACCUGUUUGAUUGGAAUACUGUUGCUUCUCAGCAGUCACCUGUGCAAAGAUUAGACCAUGCAUUCAGCAUAGCCAGGAAACACCUGGGCAUAGAGAAACUCCUUGAUCCUGAAGAUGUUGCAACUGCCUGUCCAGAUAAGAAGUCCAUCUUAAUGUACGUGACUUCUCUGUUCCAAGUUCUGCCCCAGCAAGUCACUAUGGAAGCCAUCAGGGAGGUGGAGAUGUUGCCACGACACUCAAGGGUCACUACAGAAGAGCACAUACAAGUACAUCAUCAACAGCUUUUUUCACAAGAAAUCACAGUCAGUGUACCCCAGAGACCUGCACCUUCUCCUCAACCACGGUUCAAAAGUUAUGCAUAUACACAAGCUGUGUAUGUCACAUCCCCUGACCAAAAAAGGAGGCAGGUUCCUCCACAGGUCUGUCAAUAUUGUCAUUUCUUUUAAAGCUUUAUUAAGCUUUUGCUUGGAGUG